GUAGUGCAGUUAUGUUGUGAGAAUGUUAGUAAGGUUAGGGGGAGAAUCAGAACUGGUGAAUGUGUGGUGCGAUAUACUCAAACUUAAAUGUCGAGAAUAAGACUCGAUACUAAGCGAAGGUUUCCCCAUGCCUUCUAACAUGGAGUACAUAUUACGGAUUCUGUUGAUGAUCGGGAUCCUCCGUUUGUGCAAAGGAUCCCCGCAACUGUUAUUCGCUAACAGGAAGGAUGUGAGGAUUAUCGAUGCCGAAGAUGCAAAGGGGAACUCGACCGUUGUCGUUGCAAACUUGGAAGAUGCAUCGGCUGUAGAUUUCAUAUUCAGUGAAGGUGCUAUAUUCUGGACGGAUGUCAGCCUUGAAGUCAUUAAAAGGACUAACCUGAACGAUCCCCAGAACAGUAUUAAUGUGAUAGCAACAGGCCUGGUGUCGCCAGAUGGGCUGGCUUGUGAUUGGCUGGGCAUGAAACUCUACUGGACAGAUUCAGAAACCAAUCGGAUAGAAGUCAGUAAUUUGGAUGGGACGUAUAGAAAAGUUUUAUUCUGGGAAGGCUUGGACCAGCCACGAGCAAUUGCAUUAGAUCCAGCCAAUGGGUACAUGUACUGGACAGACUGGGGUGAGAACCCGAAGAUAGAGCGUGCUGGAAUGGACGGAAGCAAGUGGAGUAGAACAGAAAUAAUAAAAGAAAAUAUUUUCUGGCCAAAUGGUUUGACACUUGACUACGAUGAUUCCAAAAUAUACUGGGCAGACGCCAAAUUAAGCUUUAUUCAUCGAUGUGAUUUUGACGGAUCAAAUCGUCAGGAGGUUAUUGCCGGCGAACUCCCUCACCCUUUCGCUUUGACUCUGUACGAGAAAACGCUAUACUGGACGGAUUGGCAGACGAGAUCAAUCCACAAGUGCAACAAACUCACUGGCCAACAACAGUGGACUGUCCACGAAGAAAUAUACUCUCCAAUGGACAUCCAUGUCUACACAGCCAAGAGGCAACCCAAGGAUUUGAGAAAAACCCGAGGCAUGAAUCCCUGUGGCAACAACAAUGGGGGAUGUUCUCAUCUCUGCCUGAUGUCCCCAAAGGAGCCAUUUUAUGCCUGUGCUUGUCUGACUGGCGUCAAACUGCUAACAAACAACAAGACGUGUGCUGAUGGUCCCCAGAAGAAUUUGUUCCUAGCUCGAAGAACGGACCUCCGAAGAAUCUCCCUGGAUACGCCUGACUACACUGAUGUCGUCCUUCCCCUCGACAACAUCCGCCACGCCAUCGCCAUCGACUACGACCCAGUGGAGGGAUAUGUGUACUGGACCGAUGACGAAGUGCAGUCAAUACGCAGAGCGCAGUUGGAUGGAACAAGUCAAGAAGUGUUGAUCAACACAGAAGUGGACCAUCCUGACGGGAUAGCUAUUGAUUGGAUUGGGCGGAAUCUGUACUGGACAGACACAGGCACGGACAGAAUUGAAGUGGCUCGUCUAAACGGCACUUAUCGAAAAGUGCUCAUCUCCGACAAACUUGAUGAACCUCGGGCCAUAUGCCUGGAUCCAGUUGCCGGGCACAUGUAUUGGACGGACUGGGGAAAGCAUCCUAAGAUUGAACGGGCCAACCUCGACGGGACGGAUCGUGUGGUCCUCAUCAACACAACACUAGGCUGGCCCAAUGGUCUCGCCCUUGACUUCCAGACGCGCCGCAUGUACUGGGGCGAUGCCAAGACAGACAUGAUCGAGAUGGCCACAUUUGAGGGCGAGAACAGGACCGUGCUGGUCCGAGACAGCCUGCCUCACAUCUUUGGGUUUAGUCUUCUAGAUGACUAUGUUUACUGGACUGACUGGCAGCACCGCUCCAUUGAAAGGGUUAACAAAUACACUGGGGAUGAUAGAGUGACCAUCAUCGAGCAGCUCCCAGACCUCAUGGGGUUAAAGGCCGUCAACGUGAAGAAGGCGGAAGGUACCAACCCUUGCGCUGACAACAAUGGUGGCUGUAGCCACCUGUGUCUGCAUCGGCCGGGUGGACCUGUCUGUGCCUGUCCCAUGGGCCUGGAACUGGUCAGCACCGGCAAGAUCUGCAUUGUUCCUGAAGCCUUCCUGCUGUACUCGAAAAGCUCCGAUAUCAUACGUAUCUCCCUGGAAACUAACCGGAACAACCAGCCAAUCCCGCUGCAAGGGGUGAAGAAGGCGCUGGCCAUUGACUUCGACAUCAGUGACAACCGGAUCUACUGGACUGAUGGCUCACUCAAGAGUAUCAGUCGAGCUUUCAUGAAUGGCAGCGCGUUGGAGCACAUCAUUGAGUUUGGUCUGAACUACCCCGAGGGCAUGGCAGUCGACUGGGUUGCCCACAACAUCUACUGGGCCGACACUGGCAAGAACCGCAUUGAGAUGGCGCGACUGGAUGGGUCCUCUCGGAAAGUGCUGAUCUGGCGGGAUUUGAACAGUCCACGUGCUCUUGCACUAGAUCCUCCAAAUGGGUACAUGUACCUGACAGUAUGGGGGGAACAUCCACACCUUGAGCGGGCUUCCCUGGACGGCAGCAGGAGGAACAUCCUCAUCUCCAAGCUGGGUCGUGUCCAGGACCUCACCAUCGACUACGGCGAGCGCCGCCUCUACUGGGCCAACUUGGACAACAAGGCCAUCGAGUCCUCCGACAUGAUGGGCAAGAAUCGUCUCACUGUUGUGAAGGAGCAACUCCCCCAUCCAAUGGGACUGACGCAGUACCAGGACUUCGUCUACUGGACAGAUGUCAAGCGCCAGACCAUCGAACGGGCCAACAAGUCAAGUGGGGACAAUCGCACGAAGAUCCAGCAAGGGGUGGAGUUUGUCAUGGAUAUCCUGGUUUUCCAUGCCUCACGGCAGUCUGGCUGGAACCAGUGUGGUGUGAACAACGGGGCGUGCUCUCAUCUGUGCCUGUCCCACCCCAAGACCGACAAGACCAGCAACAACACCUACUACUGCUCCUGCCCCACACACUACACCCUCAACAUCGACAACAAGACAUGCUCAGCCCCUGAGGACUACCUGUUGCUGGCCCAGCGCAAUGCUAUUAGUCGUCUGGCCAUGGACAAGAAGGAGUCGGAGACUGUGGACAACCCAGAAGUAGUCCUACCCAUACACGGCCUGCGUAACAUCAAGGCCCUGGCGUUUGACCCGGUCGAUGACUUCAUAUACUGGAUUGACGGCCGCCAAAAGAACAUCAAGCGAGCACACGAUAACGGAACUAAGCUGGAAGUGGUGGUGCCGAACCAAAACAACAAACAAUUCAUCCCCUUUGACCUUGCCAUCGACCCGUACUCUCGAACUAUCUACUGGACCUGUAACAACGUCAUCAACGUCACUCGACUCAACAUGAAACCAGUUGGGGUGAUCGUGUCCGCAAACAACAUCAAACCCAGGUCCAUCGUUCUCCACCCAGAGAGAGGGUACAUGUAUUGGACAAACAUGGUGAGCCAAGCCCGCAUCGAAAAGGCGGCCAUGGACGGCACAGAACGAAUAACUCUCUUCAAACUAGCACUGGGUCAUCCAGGGUCUCUUGCCAUUGAUAAGAAGUCACGGAAACUCUUCUGGGCUGAUCAUGAUCUUCACCGAAUUGAAAGUUCCGAUUUGGAAGGUGGAAACAGGAAAAUUCUAUUGGAUGGUCUGACGGGGUCCCUGAGAGGAUUGGCGGCGUUUGGAGACUUCCUGUAUUGGCUUGAUAAAGAUAACAAUGUCAUCGAGAGGAUAAACAAGAAAAACGGCGAAAACAGACUUUGGAUCCGGGGUCGCAUCACAGAUCUCCGAGAUUUGAUUGCCGUAGAACAUAAUCUUGAAAUAAGUAAUCAUCCGUGCUCGACAGACAAUGGUGGGUGUUCCGAUAUUUGCUUCUCACAAGAUAGCGAGACUGUCAGGUGUUCCUGCCCUCUGAAUCUGGAGUUAAAGAGCGACUCAAAGACAUGUGCUGAUCCACCAACCUGUCAGCCAGAUUACUUUACAUGCAAGAGUGGCGAUAUUCGAUGCAUCCCCAACGUGUGGCGCUGUGACAACUUGGGGGAGUGUGAGGACCAAUCAGACGAGGAAGACUGCCCAAGGUGUAGAUCGAACCAGUUCCAAUGUACAGAUGGCCAGUGUAUUUCACAUGAAUUUGUGUGUGAUGGCAAAAAGAAAUGUGCGGAUGGAUCGGACGAAGAACAGUGUUGUGGAAAGGACGAGUUUAAGUGUCGAAAUCAAAAGUGUGUAAGUAAAAAUAAGUUGUGUGAUGGCCACAACGACUGUACAGACGGGUCAGAUGAGAUCACCUGCACCCAAGGUCGGAGAUCCCCGCCUCCAACUGUCACUCAUUAUGCAAUUGCUAUCGUCGUAGGAAUCGUGUUUCUGAUCUUGGUUGUGGUGCUUGUGUUUAUUUGCCGGAGGAAAACCAACCAUUAUCCGUUAGAUGACGGAGACAUUAUGAUGGUUAAGAAGCCACUGAACCCGCACUCAGAGGGCCAGUGUACCCCACCACAUACACUUUCAUCAAGGGGGAAAUCGGUGGCCACGGGUCUGUCUUUAGACUCGGGAAGCGGGCCGCCAUUAUAUGAUCGCAAUCACGUGACUGGAGCAUCAUCAAGCAGCUCCACUGUCACGCAGUACCCAAAAGAGACUCUGAACCCCCCUCCGAGUCCUGUGACUGACAGGUCGUACGCAGGGGAGUACUACUAUUCCUCUAACAGUUUAUCAACUGUGCGUUCAAACAGGCCCUACAAGUCACAGAAAAUGCGGCAAUAUCGCAAUCACAUUCCACCACCCCCAACCACGCCGUGUAGCACGGACGUUUGUGAGGACAGUGAACCUUACGUUAAAAAAUAUUAUUUCAACAACUCUGUUGCGGAACUUAUGAGUUAUGACUCAGACCCGUACUGCCCACCCCCGACUCCUCGAAGUCAGUAUUUUUCGGACGAAAUGAGUUGUCCCCCUUCACCGUCAACUGAAAGGAGCUACUUUAAUCCCUACCCACCUCCCCCCUCCCCUGUUGGGAAUUCCGACUGCUGAUAAACUCUACUUGUGCAAGUACCGACGCAAUCCUGUGGAAAUGACAAAAAGUGUGUAAAAGUGGGAAUGAUGAAGAAAUGAAUAGUGAAUCAGUGAGAGUCAAGAAGUGAGAAAAGAAUUAACCUGAAACCGAGGUUUACUCCAACUCGUACAUAAGCAUAUUGUUUCAGUGCAGGUGUAAGUAAGUGUCAAGCAAAAAUUCCUCUCCGCUUUGAAGGUCAGUUGAUACAAAAAUGUCAAAACUUGAAAAAUAUGAAACCCUAACAGGAAACCUGUGAGUGUUAAAAGAUAUUUAAAGGUACAAUCAGGUCUCAGUAUACCCCUACACUUUACUGAAGUCAUCCUCCCAUGCUUAUUUAAAUUGAUGAAUAUUUACAGAGGGAGUUAACCACAUUGUCAAAUUCUCCAAAUAUGGAUGUCUGUAUGACAUUGGUGCGUUGAUGUCUUUUUACACAGAAUUCCGUCGAUUCUUGUAUACGUUUUUCUGGUGCUGUACUCUCAUGAUCAAAGAUGGCGAAACCAAAAACUGAUUUUUUGUUGGUGAGUGGAGAGAGGUCAUACUUCCUGGGACUAGAUCCCAACUGGGCCAAAGAUCAAAAUGUUACUGGACUCUCUUAGUUUGUGGACUAUGUAAAGUGCUCAAUAUGUAUAUAAAAUGUUCUAUUAUUCAUCAAGAGGUUGUAAAUAAUACAAGGGGGCAGUAUAUCUUGAUACUCUUUCCAGGGAGGUUCUAUUGGCUAAAAAUGGCACCUCUAUUUUAGUGAUGUGUGCUCUUACAUCUGUUCAAGGGCAUAUUUUUCAUCCGACCAUUUCUUAGAUUAUUUGACAGAUUGUUUGACAGUUACCUCGCUCUGAUAUUAAUACUUCAAAUAUUGGGGGAAGUACACACUUCUGGAAUAAAGUAGAAAUGUUGACAGAAAUGGUAGCAGUCUAGACAAAAAUAAUGGCAGAUGGUAUUAUCAGGUUGUGUGAAUAAUAGUGAUGUUUACUUUUUGUUUUUCAUACUUAAUCCCUGGAAAUUGUAUCAAGAAAGGGUCUUGCUCCUUUGACAUGAAGACACUAGUCACAUUACUUGCUCAGGUAUUGUAGCAAGAGUAACCUCCCCUUAUUACUGUUGUCUCACCUUGAGAUGACCUUCACCUCAUUGCCCUUAUAUUUAACCUCUGUCCUCAGCCACUAUGAAUAUGUUUUAUCAGGUUGUUUUUAAAGUGUAACUGUUUGUAAAGAAGUGAGAUAACUUUCUCAGGAUUGAUAACUUGUUUGAAAGAAACUUAGUUUAACCAGUACAAAAUAAGAGUUUCAGAGAGUCCUGGUGGUAGUGGAUAUGUGGCAUAAGUCAGUAGUCCGUAGAAAAUAGUCAUAAUUUUUUCGGCUAAGUCAGUAAAACACACAUGCAAAUACUGGACAAGAUGUGAAGUUGAAUGAAAAAUAUGAAAUCACCUUUAUGCGGAAACAUGGGGUCAGCUUGAACAGCGUUUGUUUCAUUACUGCAGUUUGUGUUUUGCACAUACAAACAUUGACUGGUUUUGUUGUGUUAUUGGAUCCAAUUAUGUAUGAUUUUUAUGAGAUUGUAGCACAGUUACAUUUAACUGUAGUGUGUUUUAUUUAUUUUAUCAAUAUCUAACUGAAUUUUUUACGAUAAAAAAUUGACUUUUUAGUUGUUUUACACUGAACAGCAUACCUCAUCAGGACCCUCUUUAAGAUCUUUAGCUUCUUGUCCUGGUUGACCUUUUGUAUAUAUUUAGUAAGUACUUACAGUAAGUAUGUGACUGAGGAAGGAGGAAUGGCAAUAUAAAGGGGGAUGUUUUCGAUGGCAGGGAUAAGCAAUAGAUUUGUUCACAGGCAUCGGCAUGUCAUUGAUACAGAGUUAUCUCCCUUGGUUUCUACAGUUUACUGUUGUUACACUAUAUAAUUAAUGUGUUAAAGACUUUAGGUUUGAUGGUAGUUCGAUGAAUGUGGGAUUUUAUAAGUAUUAUUAUAAUCAAACAUUAUUUCUAUGACAGAGCUAUUGCAGUGAAGGAAUGCAUACUCUUUGCAAAUCUCAUGAAGCUUGUUACGAUCUGGUUUUGUAGCAAAUGAUUUUCAGUUGACUUUACCUCAAUUUGUUCAAAGGGAGAUAACUCUAAAAUGAGACCAUAGGGAUAUUUAUACAUUGUACAAAUUCAUUUGUAAAUAUACAUUAUGUGUGUGAACUGAUUGUAAAGGAAGUGUACAAAAUAUGUAGAAAACGUAGACAGAGAGGGUGCUGUGUCAUAGGGAUCAUUUCAUAAGUUUUAAAGUCUUUAAAUUAUAUGACCAGAUCUAAGUGCAAACUCUCAUUCAGAAAAAUAUUCAUUCUCUGCUUGUGAGAGUAGGUUAAAUAUAUGAUGUUGUUGAAUUAAGACUUCAAAAAGUUUGAGAUGGUCCCUGUCGUAUAAAGCGCCACCUAUAUCCAGUGUAGACGUGAUAUGUUUACCUCAGUGAUGAAUCAAGUGUACCUCAGUAGGACUAAAUACUGUGUUGAAUGAAAUGGCUAGGUAAAGUUUAUCCUCAAUAUUUGUCUUUCUCUGAAUUAAAUGAAACCAAGAUUAAUAGUAGCAAUGUUGCAUUAAGUAUGUGUAUAAACCAUUUUGGUCCAAAGAUACCAUGUGAUAAGAGUGAUAUAAGCAUUUAUAACCUAGUCAGCUGAGGUAGGUCACCGUGACACAGUGUUUAAGACAUGAAGAAAUCCAGUGUUGGAUGUGCUGUAUGUUAUAGCAUGCCGAUAUUCUCUUUUGUUGAAAAGAGUAUUUUUAUUGUCAUUUUGUUGUGAAAGAUAAUGAUAUGUUACUGGUCACAUGAGACAUCAAGUUGAUGUCCGUCACCUGGUGUCAAAUUACAUUGUUUAUAUUGUCACUUUAAUUACACCGAGACGUCGUACGAAGCUCGAGUGUUUCAUCACAGUGUAACUUACAUACUUAUUUUACUGGCAUAUGGUCACAGAAUUUUCAGAUAUUUUUUUGUCCCUUUGUUGUAUUGUUUGUCGUGAAGAAUAAUAUUGGAGUGAAUGAAGACCACGAUUUUGCAAGACUGUGUUGACGAGUUAGUCUGAUUUUAUUGAUGAACAUUUAUUGAGAGGAAAUGUUUGACUGGAACUGUAUCUUGUGGAGGAGCGUUAACCCUUUGUCUGCCAAACAGUCAUGACUAUGUUAUAAAGUUCAUAAUGACAUAAUUCAGUUACGCUGGUUAGGUCAGUGGGGAUGAAGACCUUGUGUCCUUGGGUCUUGUUCCAGGCUAUUACCUUGGUAGCAGACAAGGGGUUAACACCAAUAUGAUCCCGGAAACAUGGGGUAUUACUUCACAUAGCUCCACAAUGAAACCAGACACACUAUUAUUAUGAAAAUAAAGCAUUAUUUAAGAAACCACAUUAUUCGGGGGGACCUCUUGUUCAAGAUGUAGACAUAGAGAGAUCCAGAAUGUAGUAUGUCGUAGGCAGUAAUCUUGUCUGCGAAUUCUUUUUGAUAUUUUUAAACCCUCCCUUUUAAAAAUGCUGGAUGUUGUGUAGGUUUAGUCCUCACACCCAAAACCGGAUUCAACCCCCAUUGUUACAAUGUGUGAAAUGUAUGCCUUGUCCCAUGUUGAGAUAUGGCUGGAAUAUUGCUGAAGUGGCAUAAAACAUGACUAACUCAUACUUACUAAAAAGACAUCCAGCAAAUAAGAAAAUCCCAAUUCUUAGGGAAGUGGUUUUGCGAUUCUGUUGCCAUGUGUUCGUUUCUAGAUCUAGGAUCACAGUUUAAAGUGGAUCUAUGUAGAAGGAAUACCCCUGUGUGCCGAGGAUGUAGCAACUUGUGGGUGUGUAACUGCUGGUGUCUCGACAACGAAGCCUACUUACUGUUGGUAUGGCCAGGCACAGUGAUUGGAAUGACUAUUUAUAUAUGUUUAUAUACACUGAGAGAUGUGAUGUACACUGCAUAGGAAUAUUCCUAUCUCGACAUGGUUUUUAGUAAUGUAACAAAUUUUUAACAAGACAUUCUUAAAUUUGUGGCCUGAUGAUCCAUACCUUAAUUACGAAACCUUCAAUUUAUGAUAUCCGAUAAAGACUGUGAAUACAUUUGGAUGGAAUAUAAAUACUAAUUCAGUAUUAUUUAUCAAGACUCUUUCUUUAAUGCAUUGAAAGUUAUUUUUUGAAUAAUAUUCUUGUAUAUAUUAGGGUUCAUCAUAUUAAGAAGAAUUCAAAUCUUGAAAGUAUGUGGAGAAAGUGAAUCUGUAUAUUAUACUGAUAUUGUAUGUCAGUAAUACUGUGACAAUGGUAAGUUUUAAGUUAUGGCACUUGUUAAGGGACGGUAGCCUCUUUCAUCAGCUACGAACACCAGUGUCGCCUUCCAAAGUGCUUCUUUUUGUUGUUGAACAGGAUUAAGGCCAUGACAAAUUAAUGUGGUUUUAAUAUUUUAAGCACAAGCUUAAAUAAUUAAGCACCUCGCCUUUUUUGUGUAUAAUCCCCGUUUCAGUAUCUGAAGAAAACAUUGAUAAUUCCUCCCCUUUAUUGUUUUGUGUCAUAAUAAAUUAUACAGACGUUUGAGGAAGAUGGAUAGUCUAUAAGAAACGCCCACCCUGGAACUGUGUAAUUAACCCUGCGCUCGCCCACUCUGUCAGAUAGUGACCUUUAAACCAUUAUUUCUACAUUGCGGUUAAUUAUAAGUAAUUAUUCAUUUUACACUUAAUUGAUUUGGGUUUUUUCAUGAAUUUUUGCAUGGGGCUUGUGUGUUGGUACAAGUUAUUUGAUCAAACUUGGAAUUUUAGAACGGGAAUCAGCUAGUUGUUGGUACAAACCAGAAGGGGAUCCAAAAUUUUGAAAAAGGUGGGGUUGGACGAUAAUUGACUGAGGGAUCCGUUAACAUGUUAUGCGUCUGGAUUGAAGGUUGGUUGGUUGGUUGGUUUGUUGUUUAACCCCGCAAUCAGCAAUAUUCCAGCUAUAUGAUGGCGGUCUGUAAAUAAUCGAGUCUGGACCAGACAAUCCAGUGAUUGAUAUCAUGAGCAUCGAUCCACGCAAUUGGUGGAUUGAAGGGGUGGAGCCGCCAGUGCAAACACUGAGAACAUCGGUGUUAAUUGUCUGUCAGAGAUAACUAAAUUGGUGACUGUGCUGACCAACAUGUCUGAUAGGGUAUUAGUUUGUCAUGGCUUUUUUGGGAAAAGUUCACCUGUGUCAUUAUGUACCAAAGUUUGAUUUUCAGAGAUUUAAUUAAUUUUUGUCACUGCUGAUAAGAAUUGUAAUGUUGAAAUAUUUAUAUUGUUAAUUCUACCUUUGAAACUCAAGUGCUGAUGAGAAACAACUCAAGUUACUUAUUUAUGGAUAUAAAUAGUUGUAGAUAUUAUGUUGUUAGUGUGGAUGUGUCACCAUCUAUCUGCUUCCUGUUCCCUAUUCUGUACCCACAAUUCACUCUUCUUCCUCUUUUACCACAAUGCACCGCUCUAAGGUUAAACAAAGCAUCAGUUGGUUCUCAAGCAAUGUCUGAAUUCAAAAAGUAACCACGAAAAAAGGUUUUUUUGUCAUCGCCCUAAUGUUACAAGAUUGAAGAGUCCCUAGAUUUUUAUAUUAUAGGAGCAAACAUUAAGGGCUUCAGGACCCUAAAAUUCAAACACUCAGUCUUUUGAAAAAUUAAGGAUAACAGUCUGUACCGUGAAUAUUUUGCUUGCAGAAUGUGAAGCAAUCAUGAUGCUAGAUGCUGUUUAUUUGGCAGGGCCCACUUGCACAAAACAAUCUUAGCACAAAGAUGAUCGCAACUCCCAUACUUUAACAUAGGCUUACGAUAAUCUUAGCGCUAAGAUCGCUGUGCAAGUAGGCCCUGAUUUGGACAAUGCUGGAGAGCCAGGUUUUUGUUUGCCAAUGACAGAUGUGUCACAAAACCACAGGCCAGUUAUUAAUUGUGAUAAUUUGUAGAUCAAAUUUGUCUGCAAAGUUUUCAGCUAUUUUGUAAUGAUUUACUUUUUUAAUAUUGAUGUUUUAUCUUUUAUACGUCUUUAAGAGUCAAAUGAACAACAAACUGAAACCACAUAUGGCAGCAAGAACUGUUUUUGGAGGUAUAUGACAAACUGAUUAUGCAACAACUAUUGAGGAAGGAAACAUCUUUUAGAUAUUUAUUAUAUUUAAAUUACUUUCGAUGUUUCUAAUUUUCGAAUUACAUGCCAAAUGAUUUGAAGAUAUUUGUGUUCUGUUAUGAGUUAUAGUUUUUGAAGAUUUCAAGCAGUUUUCUGUUUAAAUGACCUGGGUUCCGUUCCACAAAGACAUUUUGGCGCUGCGACUAUCUUAGGUCUGUGUUAAAGUAUUGGAGUUAUCAUAUUCGUAGCGCUUUGAUCGUGUUGAGGAACAGGCUCGGUGUGGUUUCAUUGCUCUAACUACUUAGCGUAAAUACUCAGCGUGGAAUGAACUACCCUUGUGAUGCAGACAAAUAUCUUCAUUCCACUCUUACUCUGAAGGAGAGAAAACAGCUAAGUAAGCAGAAAAUACUUGUGUUGAUCGAUCUUCCGAAACUCUAUUUUGAUUGUGUAUGUUUUUGAUGAGUUAUAUAUGUGUCUGUGACAUCGUGUGACUGACAUAAUGUGUGUACUUUAUGUGACCUCGACUCCUCAAGGGGUGUGUGGUCAUUCUAUUGCCAAAAAUGGGCAUGGCCUCUUUAUAGCCAUAAAUGGGUGUGGCCACUUUGUGUACAGGCUUAAACAGGUGCAGUAUAUACAAUGCUUUCUAGUUUUAUAGCAAACUGUAUAUCUGUACAAAAUAAAAUACAGAUACUUAUUAAA